GUACGUUCAACGCGGAUUAAAAUCUCCCCGAUGGAAAUCAGUCUCGUGUCAGAAGGAAGGAUGAGGAGUUGAAACACUGUAAUCCGAGCUGUUUUCGCGCUGUAUGUGUCGGUUGAGUGGGCGGAGUUUUACUCGCUGUGCUAUGUAUAUGUCGGUUAAGUGGGCGGAGUUUUACAGCUCUGAUUGCUGCUUUCAUUCUCCACUCACAAGCCAGGACACGCAGAAGCGCGAGGCUGCAUUCCAAACACCCUGAACGCUUUCCACACAUGCGCACUACGUAGGGCGCGACAUAAUGCGUUCACCUCGUCACACGAGUGCACUUUGUGUGCUGUGUGGUGGCGUUUGGGACUCGGCCUCGGUUUGAGCUCACAGUCUUGGGAUGCAGUUGGCACAGCGAGGUGGCCGUGCUCUCGAUUAGCUCUGCUUCUUGUUUGAGAUGAAUGUUCUCCGAUUAUUCAGGAUUAUUGUGGAAUAGCUAUCGGAAUAGGGAUUUUUUAAAAACAAUAUAUGCUCAAUUAUUGUCGUAAACAUGGAUUACAGGUAGAAAAUAAUCGUAAUCAUUUCUUCCCAGUCCCUAAUACUGGGUUACUUCUUCGUGCGCGAGUGAUUUUUUUUUUUUUCUUCUUUGGGAAUCGGUUCAUUCUGGAAACUCCUUCGACAUCACGGUUUAAACCGCGCAUGAAAUCCACCGAGAUGUGGAGCAGAAACGAUUUCGAGGAUGGCCUGGAUAUCUAUAAAGCAGGUAAAUCCCGGGACAGGUGGUGUUUGAGGAUUAAAACCGGGUAAAUUAUUGGGAUUUGUAUCUGGCUCAUGCCUUCACCGUUACCCUGCGGAAUCUGCCACUAACGGCAUCUUAUUGUUAGCUAGCUGAGUUAGCAAGGCGUUCAAUUCGAUUUAUUUGUUUAAAUGUAACCUUGGAAACCGUUUUAAUGGUAGUUUACACUCUUUAAUAACUUAACCCUAAACCUGAGAGAACAAAUUCCUACCACACUCGACAUAUAGACUAGUAGUUAGUAAGGAUAAAUAAUUAGCGUGCUAGUUUAUCUCCAGUGUGCCUUCAGGAUCAAACCAGCUGAAUAUUGGGUAAUAUCUACGGUUAAUGGUGCAUAAAUCUGGCAGCACUUCCUCACGUCCUCUGCUGAGUUACUACACUGUUCCAGUGCGUCCUCUCCUGGGUGGGUGCCAGGCUGUGAGUCAGCAUGGCACGGCUCGUCUUCCGUCAGCAGCAGUAACCGCGCCAGGCGCCACAGCGCCGCCUCCGACAGCGCCGACACAGGCAUAGGAACGUCCUGCUCGGACAGCGUGGAAGACCACUCCAGCUCGAGCGGCACGCUGUGUUUCCAGCCCCUCCGCUCGCAGGGCUCCAUCCCCACCGCGCAUGUCAUGCCAUCUCCAUCCAGCUCCAAGCUCAGCGCCCAGUCGGUUCCCAGCAGCCCGUGGAACAGCCGCCAGCUCUCCUCCCCUGUCUCCAGCCCGCUGGACAUGAAGGACCCUCGACCCGUGCGCCGCUGGUCCUCCCUCACCCGCCUGGGCGGCCAGGAGAAAAGCGGCAGGACGUCGUGUCACCCGGACGCCCACGGAUCACUGGACCGUAGCCUGCUCCACGCCCGGGCCGACUCGUCUCCGCUCAAGCCGAGCACGCUGGACCUGAGCUACAGUGCCUUACCUGAGAGCAGAGCCUCCCUCGUGAUGCCCAGGGGGCACCAGGCCGUCGGUGGGUCGCCCAUCCAGCCCAGCGUGAGGACUCAGAUGUGGCUGAGCGAGCAGAUGGAGUUCAGACCCGAGGGCGUGAGCACGUGGCUGAGCGAGCAGCAGCAGCGAGACAGGAUGAGGCAGGAGGCCGAGCUCUCGCAGAUGCUGGGUGGAGCUCCUCUCCCUGUGAACACGCUGGUGAAGAUAAAGGAAGGGCUGCUGAGACAACGGGAGAUGGAGAUCGAAAGGCAAAAGCAGCAGAUCCUGCAGCUCCACGCCAGAAUCAGGGAAAACGAGUUAAGGGCGCAGCAGGUCCUCCAGAACCAGAGAGGGCGCUGUGACGACUCAUAUGCGCUUAAAACAAAGGAGAGCCCGCUGGACAGCCCCGCGUCGUCCCUGCAUAGCCCUCAGACUCCGGUGUGCUGCGAGAACGGAGAGCUGGCGCGCAGACUGGCCUCGUCCGAGCUCGAGGUCAUCCACCUCAAAGAGUUCCUCAAGCAGAACACGCAGAAAUACACAGAGGACAUCAAGAAGCUGGAGGAGAAGAUGAAGACGCGUGAUCGCUACAUCAGCAGUCUAAAGAAGAAAUGUCAGCGAGAGCAGGAGCAGAAUCAGGAAAAGCAGCAGCGCAUCGAGACUCUGGAGAAAUACCUGGCAGAUCUGCCCUCGCUGGACGAGGUGCACACCCAGGCCCAGCAGUUGGAGGAGGUACAGACGAAGGCGCAGACGCUGCAGGACACAGCGGCACAGCUGGAGCGGAGCAUAGAGGAGAGCCGCACUCGUCUGCAGGAGAAAGACGCACUCAUCGAGAGACAGGCCAAGAGGGAGAAGGAGCUGAUGGCUGCCGUGCAGAGUCUGCAGGAGAAGGUGGAGAAGUGUCUGGAGGACGGAGUGCGCUUGCCCAUGCUGGACCUGAAGCAGCUGGAGAGGGAGAACACGCGUCUCCUGGAACAGCAGUCUCACAACCGGACGCUGAUCGACAGCCAGAAGCAGCAGAUCGACAGACUCACCGUGGAGUUAACGGCACUGGAGAAGAGGCUGCAGAAGGAGAGAGCCAUCACGCAGGAGCUCCAUCAGCAGCUCGUAGAGAGAGAGGAGGACCUGAAGACGCUGUCUAAAAGCGUCCAUCAGAAACAGCAGCAUGUGGAUAACGGCUCCGUGAUGCAGGAAGCGGGCUCUCUGCUAAAGGAAAUGUCUCUGUGUCUGCUGGAUCUGAAGGCUCUGUGCAGCAUCCUCACCCAGAGAGCGCAGGGCAAGGAACCGAACCUGGCACUGCUGCUGGGCAUCAAAUCCAUGAGCUGCUCGUCCGACGAGAGCGAGAAGCCGCAGGUGGAGGACGGGCUGCGGGCCAAGCUGCUGGAGGUGCGUCAGCUGAGGGAGGACAUCGACGGGCUGCGCACCAUCAUCUCCGACCGCUACGCGCAGGACAUGGGGGAGAACUGCGUGACGCAGUGAGCGCCGCCCUAGAGGCCGAGCCACCGCUUCUCUCUCUCUCUCUCUCUCGCCCAGAGACAAAAGGGAAAAGGAGAAUAAAUCCGUCUGACUACUGAAUGUUGGACCAAGCUGUGAAUCGAGUUUACACCUCUGAGUCUUUGUAGCUCCGUGUUCAUCUCCAACUUCUGAGAUCUUCAUAUUGUGUAUUAUUAUUUUUUUUUAUUCAGGACCGUGGGAAAGGCCACGAGUCAUUUCCUUACCGUAUUUUCCGGACUACGAGUCGCGGCACUCUAAAUUCAAAAUCAGGCUCUACAUCGCUUUGUUUACUCACAUUUUCAUUUCACACUAUUGCAGGUUAAUUCUAGUGCACGUCACGUCACGUAACGUAACGAUCCACAGUCGUAGCCGAGAGCCGCUCUGCUUGCGGCUACACGUUGGUGGUCACCGUGUGAAAAACGCAGAUUUAUAACUUUAUCGCACUUAAAGAAACCAAACAUCUCGUCAUCCAGAAAAUACGGGAAGGGAGCGAGGCGGUGAUGAGAUCACACCGUGGGUGUUCAGAAAUCACAGCAAUGCAAAGGGAGCUACAGCACACACACACACACACAUACACACUCGGAGUGUGGAAGUGUGUGAAGUGGUUCCCACUGCUCCAUCAAGUGCCUUGUGAUGUUCCAGUGCAUUCGCUGAUUGUUUUACGUCUCCAAAGCCCAAACCGUGACACAUCCUCAGUCUCACCAAAAAGAGCUUCACCUCCUCCAUCCAACGCUGUGGGUCGCGGGUCGACACCGAGGCAGAUUGCCCUCAUUUACACACACACACACAGGUCUUCCAUUCAGCACCUUGUAUUUGAGUGUGAUGUUGAGUCCUUUAUGUUUUUGUAUUUUUUUGUAAAAAAGUGUGUGUGUGUGUGUAUUAUUGUUUUUUCUUCUAAUAGGACUCUGUAUUAACAAUAUAAACAAUCCAGGCUCAGUGGAAAGCUCGAACAGCGCAUGAUAAACAAACCCGUAGAUGAGAAAUUGUCCUGGAUUUCAGGUAACGGUUUUAAACACUUUUUUUUUUUUCCUUGUAGUAGAUCAGCGUAAAGAUCAGGGGCUGUGUAGAAACUGCUCAGACGUUACCGUCAGAUUUCACGGAAGGGGGAGGGGGGGGUUUUUGUACUUUACUUAACAGAAUCGCAGAGUUGCGUUACAGUUUAAAUGUUAAGACCAUGCAAAUAAAUAAAUAAGAAGACUCAGGUAUAUAAAGCCGACAGCGUUAAGACUCCACCCUCACGGUGGACGAGCUUUGCGUUCUCAUUUCAAAAAGGGAUUUUAACUCCACAAGCGUCGUCUCGUCUCACAGCGGAGCUGUUCUUUUUGUCCUCCAUUUUGACCCGGUAUAGGACGAUUUCUUAUUCCCUGUAAUAUAUUAUUAUAUAUAUAUAUAUAUAUAUAUAACACAACAUAUAUGCUCGGUCGUGACAACCUGUGCACAGACGUUUUCUGGACAGUGAAUGUUUUUGGAUAUUUAUUUCUAAGAUGUUUCCGCUAACGUAUCGAGCUGGUAAAAUUAGCUUUGUUUUGUGUGUGUGUGUGUCGUAGAGACGUAGGUGACGAGGUGUGUUUGAGUGUUUUAUUGCUCCAGACGGAGUUUGUGCAGGAACAGACGGUCUCUGAAGCUGGUUGGACAUAUAAAAUGCUAUGCAACCUCAUAUUUACCAGCAUAGAGUUCAGCAGACAUUGCUUUCCUGUGCCUUUAUAAAUCUAUGCAGCAGAGUUAAGUGUGUGUGUGUCCGUAAUCGAUAUGAUGAGUGAAGCCAUAGGCACAAACAAUGCAGAUUUCUACUCAGGUUAUGCGAUGAAGAACCUGAUGGGGAGUGUGUGUGUGUGCUGCAUGUUAGAGAGGUGUGAGAGUGUGUGUGAGAGCAGAAGGGGGGGGAACAGAUGUGCAUGGUUGUCAUGGCCAAUUGUGAUCACACUGUGUGCGCUGGAGGCUGCUGGUUGGCUUCACUUCUCUCUCUCUCUCUCGUACUUUAAGCUUUUAGUUUUUCAGCUCGACUUUCCACAUGCCAAAGCUCUAUUUAUGUACAUUUACAGAAAGUAUCGACUCGUAUUUUUUCAUGUAAAACAAAAAGGACAAAAAUGUUUGCUUGCCAUUUGUACAGAGAACAAAUAAAAUAUUUUUCUACACAUA